AUGCUGUGCAGCGAUGGAAGCAGAGAUGGGACUGAUGCAGCUGCAAGCCAAGGAAUGCUGGGAGCCAUCAGAAGCUUGGAAGAGGGAAGGAAUAAUUCUUCCCUGGAGCCACCAGAGAGAGUGUGGCUCUGCCGACACCUGGAUAUUGGACUUUUAGCCUCCAGAACUAGAAAAAGAAAUUGGGAUAUAGAAUACCCAUCCUUCCCAGGAGAGAGGCCAGUGCAGUUCAGAAGAGCAGGUCUCAGGACAGUGGGGGCAGCUGCCUCCCUCUCUGAAGCAUGGCUCAGGUGUGGAGAAGGAUUUCAGGACACUUCUGGGACUCUGUCAUUAACAUCUGAAAAGAAGGCUAUUACAGAAAAGCGCCUUGAAUUAUCCCCUAGACCCAAGAAAGAAACUACCACAUCUAAGAGUACCAGUGGGCUUACAGAUAUAACAUGGAGUUCCAGUGGAAGUGAUUUGUCAGAUGAAGAUAAGAUACUUUCUGAAUCACAGAGAGAUGAAGGAAAUGGUUCUAGAAUAGACAGGUUUUGUAACAGGAAUAUUUUAUGUCCAGAAGAUGGAGCCAGUGAAGACGAGCUGCAGUUUAUUGACUGGGAGAUCAACAGUGACAGGGAAGAGGCUGGUGAAUGGAGUGAAUUUGAAGAUGACGAGCAUGCUACGGAAAUCUCAGACUCUGCUUCUGAUGCAAGUAGUCAUUCUUUGACAAGUGAUGAGAGGCUAUCCGAGCUUCCUAAGCCAAGUUCUACAGAAAUUUUGGAGUAUUCAUCAGAUAGUGAAAAAGAAGAUGACUCAGAGAAUGUCCUGUUCAUUGAUUCAGAAUCCCCUCACAAAUACCAUGUGGACGUUGGAACAGAUGCAAGACAAAUUGUGGAGACACUCAUAGACCCAAGGGUGAAAUCGACAGAGGACAUCUUGUGUACACCCCGGAAACAGACAGCUAAGUUUCCCAGGACUCCAGAAAAUUCAGGAAAGAAGACGAAGCUUUUAAGAGGCGGGCUAGCUGAAAGACUAAACGGACUGCAGAAUCGAGAGAGAUCUGCCAUUUCUUUGUGGAGACAUCAUUAUGUUUCUUAUCAGAGGACACUUUCAGGUAUAAAAUCUGGUGUAUUAAUUGUGAAAAUUCUAGAGCUCUAUGAGGAAUGCACCAUGCAAAUUGCCAUGUGUGAGCAGUUGGUGGGGCCACCAGCCACCAGCUCUUCCCACGGUGUGGCCCCUGGACCUGGAGCCAGCCUGCAGGUUCUCUUCACCAAGGAGACUGCAGGCUGCCUCAGGGGGCGUCCCUUGGACAUCAUCCACAUCUUCCCUCCCUGGUGA